AAAAAAACGCAGCGGGCCAAACGUGCACCAAGAAGGGAUUGGAGAUCGUGCGCGCAGUGCUCGACCAUCCCUGCCAACGUGUGAUUCGCGUCGCGUGUCAAAUUAGAGGCCUAGCGAGCAGCAGCAGCAGCACCAAAAUCAGUGCCUGCACAAAGCAAUGGCAUUGCCCCUUGACAAGCUAAACAAGCUGCUGCGAACCGCAGCGCUCGGCGUAGAGGUCGUGCAGACUGCGACAAAAGGCCGCGGCAUCGUCGCGACGCGCGCGCACCGCGCUGGCGCGGCCGUCGUCCCCGCGGGCGAGCCGCUGGCGCACUCGUCGAAGCGCGCUGUCAACGCCUUCGCGGGACACGGUGAAUUUGCGGGCUACGAGCGCGCCUGGCGCAAGGCGCGCGGCAAGCUCGAGGGCGCCGACGGCCGGCGGCACCCGCUCCUGGUCGCGCAGAUCGCGAGCCGCGUGGCCCACGAGCCCGAGGCGUCGCCCUACGUCCUGGCCGUCGCCGCGCUGUGCUCGGCCAAGAUGACGGGGCCGACGCCGGCACCGUAGGUCGCAGUGCAUAAAUCAAAUUGCUCGCCGCGCGUCUCCACGCUAUCGACGCGACGCCAGUGCGCCGAACUUACUGAUUGAUUUCGCACAGGUGGGUCGAGGACUGUGCGGCCGUGAAGCGCGCCCUGGGUGGAGACGACGGCGACCGCUACGCGUUCCUCACGGACGAGUGGUACGCCGGCGUCGCGUCGCGGAUUCACUUGAACUCGUUGAGGGCGGACGCCGAGGGUGACACGGUCGCGCUGUACGCGCUGCCGUCCUUCCUGAACCACCACUGGGAGCCCAAUUUACUGGUCGACUAUGGUGAUGAUGAUGUCGUCUUCCGGGCGGCGCGACCUGUUAAGGAGGGCGACGAGCUGACGAUCGACUACAUCCACGGCCUCCCGCAGGAGGAGCGGUCGGCCUAUCUCAUGGAGAACUACGGGUUCGACGAGGCCUCCGAGAUAGACAGUGUAAGUUUAUGACCUAGGUCAUCGGCGUCGCCG